AUGUAUUUACCUUCUCUCUUCAUAGAUCCCACAACAACUGAAUGUGGAAAUUGGACCUGGUAUGAUGGUCGCUGUUUCAAGUUUCAUGAAACUCUCAGAGACUGGGAUAAUGCAGAGUUCCACUGCCUCUCAUUCARAGGAAAUUUGGCCUCAAUUCAGAGUGGAAAUCAGUACAACUUUAUCAGAGACCUUGUCCACAAUGCAUCCGGAAAACACACAGAAAGUUGGGUAGGAGGCCAUGAUACCACACUGGAAGGCAACUGGUUGUGGAGUGACGGUUCCAAGUUUGUGUUUAAUCAGUGGGGCAAGAAUGAGCCAAACCAUAAGGCUAGAAACGAAGACUGCAUGGAGAUCAACUUCGCUGGAGAAGAUUAUGUGAAUGAUGAACCCUGUGGCAAGAAGCUUCCCUACAUCUGUGCCAGAGUCCCAUAAUCUUUCUCUUAUGCCUAAAAAUCUGAAAUGGUCACAUGGCUUUCCUGCUGGUGAUGUCACUUCCCCCUGGAUGUUAAGCCUCAAUGUCGUCACUGCUGGAAGAACCUGAUUUCACUUCAUUUAAUCACUUAAAUAAACUUUUAUGUCUCUGAAA